GCCUUUCUCCCCCUUCCUCUGAGCCAAAACCGAGCCCUGAAUCUCUCCACUAAAUCCCGAGCAAGAGCGAACAUUAACAACAUAUAUUUGAGCAAGAUACGAGAAACAGUCACUUACGCUAAGUGUCAACUUCUUUGUUCUACACGAGUUCUCUAGAUACAUCACGUUCCUGCGGCGUCGUGGUCUUUUACGUUGUAUCGUACUUCGAAUAUUUCGUAGUACUCUUCUUUUUUUUUAUCUACCGUUACUUUGUCAGCCAUCCGACCGGAUCGACCUCAACCGUUUACCUGUCGACUAGACAUUCCUGCCGCAGUGGAGCCCACCGCGAGGGAUCUGGUUUUCCGAGAUACUGACCUUACACUUUCUCUACAGAAUACUUAUGUCUUCUCAAGAACCUCAACCUUCGGGUUCCCAGAAUCCAACGUCUCAGUCACGCCGAGACGCAAAUCCUAAUGUCGAGUCCGAAGAGUCUGAUACUAAUCCGAUGUCGCGUCAAACGAGUCUGGGUUCUCAGAUUCAAUUACUGACUACUAUGCCCUCUCCUGGAGCCGCCAAUGCUCCUUAUUUUACAGGUUCUCGCGCUACAGUCUUUCUAGAAGCCCUCAAGAGGAUAUGUGAUGGCGCCGGACUUAACGAAGAUGAGUCCGUUAAUCAAAUCUAUUUUUACUCAUCAAUUUCGGUUCAAGAUACUAUUCGCUACAAUGCUUCGUUCAACAUCGACAAGAAGAAGAAGACUUGGGAAGCGGCUAAGAAGAGUUUCCUUCGACUUUAUGGUUCUUCUGACCUCGCUCCGGCUGUCACUAUCACGGACUUACAGAACUUUACGAUGAAGCAAAAUUCGAAGACUCCCUUUCUCACUCGUUCCGCUAUCGAGCACUACUAUCAAGCCUUUGAGAGGCUGAGCGGAGUUCUGAUUUGCAAUCGAACUAUUACCGAAGCUGACGCUCGUUAUUAUUUUGUUUCAGGGUUACCUCAACCUCAACGAGAAUGGCUUGAGAACCAGUUAGAAAACGAACGGAAGAGUAGAGAAACGGCGCCUUCAAUCGACGAAGUACUCGACCUUCUUUACACGCGCUUCGAUCCCAAACAUCUGUUCUACGAUCCUUGGAAGGCAAUACGUUUCCCCGAUCCCGAUAGAGUCCAAUUUGACGAUGAAGGCGAACGUAAAGAACGCUUCAAAGCCGACAACAAGAAAGUAGACGCACGCCCGACUGGACAAGGUGUUCCUUCAACUUCUAUUGACGACUUAGCGGCUCAACUCGAGGCCUUGAAGAUCAAUCAAGCGCAGGUGAUGUCUUUACUUUCUUCUGUUCAAAAUUCUCCGAUACCUCAAAGCACGUCUUCAGGUUCUCAACCAAGACCAACGACUGGGUUAUACGAAUCCAAGCGCUGCUUCGUAUGUGGGAAGGAAGGUCCACAACUUACUCACAAACUUCAUCCCGCCCAUUGUCCAGAAACUAAGUCUCUAGUCGAUGAAGGAUUGGUCAGAUGGGACGAAAAUCUUAUGAAGUAUACGUUGAUUAAUGGUAAAGAUCUUCCUAAAGUUGCACGAACUCAACAAGGGGGAGUAGCGGCCUUCAUUCGCGAACAUCCGGCAAUCGCAAGAUCCGAAUCGGCGAACGAGAAGCAACGUCAAGUUCGAUUUGAACGAGAUGCACCUCCUCAUCAAACACCUUCACGUACUAGCAACUUGGAUCUCUAUAUUGAUGGACAUCCGGCAUUCACUAACGAAGUUUUCGAUUCAUCUAACGCUGAAUACAAUACUUACCCAGUUGACAGAACCGGUAGAGAUUCGUCAACUAGAUACGAUCCGUUAGCAAGACGUGACCCUCAUUCCAACAAAGGCAAAGAUCAAGCUCGACCUAACAGACCGCUUCAAGGACCUGGCGUUCCUGGACCUUCAACUUCGCAACCUCAACCUUCGUCAGCACCACCUCCGAAGCCAAAGGAAAAGAACAUCGAAAUACUGCCGCCGACGAACCCUAUCAAUAGACGAGAUGGAUGGAAAGAGUCGGUACCUUCGAAGUCCAAGACUCAGAAGGAUGUGAAGAUGAACGAACCUAAAUCCGAUAAGCCCUCCUAUCAUUUUACUUCCGACGUACAACAGAAAGCUGAUUCUAAAGCUAUCUACGAACAUAUCAUGUCGCAGAUGGUUUCCCUUCCUAUUCUACAAGUCAUUGGCAGCAGUCCGAGUCUUCAAAAACUGUUUUCCGAAGCCACGAAGUCUAGGCGCGAAUAUUUGAACACGAAAUCAGCUGAGUUCCUUCCUUAUGAUAAUUUUGAUGAUUCCUAUUCUCUCGAGGAUACCGAAUAUACGGGAAACAUCGUUCAUUUGCAUCUUACGGAACGCGACUUGCGUAAUGACAGAUACAAGGUUGACGACCUUGUCAUAGGAGCUGAAGACGCUUCGAUGGUUAGAGCCUUUCUUGCUCGAGCCUCAACAGCGAUUUUGAAAGAACCGUCCAAAAAGUUCUUUGCUAUGGUCACCGGAACGUUAGACGUUCAGAUCAACGGUGUAACCUUUUCAGCUAUGAUUGAUACUGGCUCUGAGCUUAACGUUGCGUCUGUCGACGUGCCUGAUCGCGCUUCUCUUGCAGUUGACUUUGAAGGAAUGAAUUGGAGCCUUAAGGGUAUCCACGGAAGGCCCGAACAACUUCAUGGAGUGGUUAUCGAUGCUCCUAUGAAACUCGGAAGACACGAAUUCCCGCACCACAUAUUCGUUUCUCACCAGAAGAUGGAUAAGCAAGAUAUCAUACUCGGACAACCCUUCCUCACGACGUACAGCGCCCGGAUCCAAUACCAUCAAACAGGACUCGUCAAUCUUUUGCUUUGGAAGGAUCCAGAGGAUGGUAAACGUGCUACGUUGACUAUUAACCUAACACAGGCAAACGAUCCUCGUAACAAGACUACUAUUGGAUGUCCACGCCACUCUCAAUCCGCCCGAGUUGAGGAGUACGAUUCCGACGAACAAAAUUUCUAAAGAUGGAGCCGCAACCACAGAUCUUCCAUGCGUCUCCAGCUGUUGUAGGAAGAUCAAUGUUAGCUUUGUUAGGAGACGCUGAGUAUUCCGAAUUUGAAUUUCUUUUUGAUGCUUCCCUUCCGCCCCAAUAUGAUCCGCUACUUUACCAUUCUAUUAAUGCUACCACCGAUUAU